AUGUUUAACUACAGGUACUACAGGCUGGUGUCUCUCUCAAAAAAACACGCCCCAGCCAAAGGAAGGCUAAUUGUGUGCGGGCACGGUUUCCAAGACGGCCUGGGGCUGGUGCUGCUGCUGAGUGAUGACCACGGUGUGACGUGGAGACAUGGGGCCUUCGUGCCGAGUGUACCGUACCAAAAUAACACAGACGGAGACUUUAAUCCGGAUGAAUGCCAGCUGGUGGAACUACCAGAUGGAAGCUUGUAUCUAGUUGUGCGGAAUCAGCAUCAGUACAAGUACCACUGCAAGAUGACUAUGCGGAGCUUCGAUGGAGGAGAAACGCUGCCACGGAGGUACAUGUUCCUGGACAGGUCGCUCGUGGAGCCAAAGAUCACGUCUGGAUUGUGGUACCACAACGGAACCAUGUUCUACUCUGGGCCGAAGAGUGAAACAGAACGUAAGAGAUUGCACAUCAGAUGGAGUCACGACUAUGGCCAUACGUGGACCUCAGGGACAGAGAUAUGGGGAGACUUGGCAGGAUACUCCACACUCACGAUGCUUCCGCACGACAGAAAUCACCUCUACAUACUGUAUGAAAGAGGAAUAAGAAAGUACUUUGAUGAAGUCGCGUUUACAAAAAUCAAACUAUCCAUGGAGAGUGGUCGUAAUGCCUUAUGAAAUAAGACACGGAUAUUCCCCGCAGUAGGUAGAUUCAAAAUGGACCUCGAAAACAGAAUAAAGCGGGAUAACAAUGGUGCCC